UGAAUCCGUCACCAAGUUUGGCUCUUUUUUGAUGUAGUAAACAAACUAUUUAUUUCGUUCCACAGUUGGCUAAAAUUUGUGAGUUAUUUAUAGAAUAAAUAUUCAAUAGUGCUUGAAAAUGCCGGUGGACAUCAACCGGCUUACGGACGGUUGGCUGGAGCUUGAAAGUGACCCUGGUUUGUUCACUCUGCUGCUGGAGGAUUUCGGUGUAAAAAGUGUUCAAGUAGAGGAGAUUUACGAUCUGCAGAAAAAUAUUGAAGGGCCAGUGUACGGAUUUAUUUUUCUUUUUCGCUGGAUCGAAGAACGACGCGUCCGUCGGAAAAUCGUCGAAACAACGGAAAUCUAUGUCAAAGAUGAGGAAGCAGUAAACAAUAUUUUCUUUGCACAGCAAGUAGUUCCUAACAGUUGUGCUACCCAUGCUCUGCUUUCCGUACUGCUAAAUUGUUCCGAUAUUGAUUUGGGCACGACACUGAGUAGACUAAAAGUGCAUACUAAAGGUAUGUGCCCGGAAAACAAAGGCUGGGCCAUCGGAAACACACCGGAAUUAGCGUGUGCUCACAAUUCUCAUGCUAUGCCUCAAGCCAGAAGAAGGAUGGAUCGAAACUCCGGAGUGAGCACUGGAAGAUUCACUGGUGAAGCAUUCCAUUUUGUCAGCUUUGUUCCUAUAAACGGACAUCUUUUUGAAUUAGAUGGGCUGAAGCCUUUCCCAAUGGACCACGGGCCCUGGGGAGAAAAAGAAGUUUGGACGGACAAGUUUCGCCGUGUAAUGUCUGAACGAUUGGGAAUCUCAACAGGCGAGCAAGAUAUCCGAUUUAAUCUAAUGGCCGUUGUGCCGGAUCGAAGAAUUGCUAUCACUCAUAAGCUGAAAAUGCUUCGCACCAAUCAGACAAUUGUUUCUGCUGCAUUAGAGAAACUGCUUAAAAGUAAACAACCCGAGGGUAAAUCGCAAGCAGAGCUGAAGGAAACAGUCGACAAUAUAAAGAAAGAAGAGAAUUCGCCCGUUAAACUAAGUUCGGAGUACUCCCAGUUGCUAGAUAUGAACGAGAAGGAGGAAUCUGCAGUCCCCAUGUCCAAAGAGUUGGAGUCGCUAGUUUCACUAAAUAGUUCAUCUGAUUCCGUUGAAAUAAUAGGCGAAACAGAAAUAAAACAGGAGAACCCUCCCCCAUCGCCACCACCUUCUUUCAUCGGUGCUGGUACAUUCUCUCCGAAGGAUCUACUGUCACUGCUCAAAAAUCUUGAAUCAGAAAUAAAUAUUACUGAGCAGCAUUUGUGCGAUGAAAACGAGAAACGAGCCAUGUUUAAAGUAGACGACUGCCGUCGAACACACAACUAUGAUGAGUUCAUAUGCACCUUCCUGUCGAUGCUUGCUCACCAGGGAAAACUAGGCGAGCUCGUGUCGCAACACCUAAUCACAAGCCGAAAGCCCAGUAUGGGCGGUGUUCAAAACAGUGGAUCUCGAGGCGUGGUUAGAAGCUACAACAAGAAAAAUGCCACCAAUGGUUCUUCGCCCAAAACGCCGAACUCCAAGCGACGCCGUGGCCGGACCAAGUAUCGCAAGAGGAAGUAACGAACCAGCCCUGAAAACUCCUAUAAGACUGGAGAGCCUUUCGUUGCUGCGGCGGAGGGGGAAAGGGCAUUUGAAGAAGGUAUUUUAUUUAUUUCUAUCUUCCUAACUAAAUAAUUCGAAAUUUCAAUAAAAAAUAGGCUCUUACUGAAAA